AUUUAUUUAGGCUAUGAUCAAAGAAACAGAUGAGUAAAUUAACAGCAAAUCAGCGUUACUUAUUCGAUCUGUGUGGGUACGUGAUCAUACGCAACGUCAUCCCAUCUGAUCACGUGACAGCUGCCCAAACUGCAAUCUCAGCUAAUCUGCGCCGGUUUAAGGAGAGAACUGGGGAAAUGAGGGAGUCUACAUUAGAAGCGUUCCAAGGGGACGGAGUUAAAGGAAGGUUGGAUUGUGGAACUGUGUUGAAUUGGGAUAAACCGUAUUGUGAUGUGUUCAGGAAGUUCCUUGUCAUUCCUCAACUUAUUCCUGUGAUGAAUGAGUUAUGUGGGAAAGGUUAUAGGUUGGAUCAUUUGCCAGUAGCAAUAAUUCAAUACAAAAAUGCUGAAGGAUCUGAUCUCCAUGGUGGGAAUGUAAACGAAAGUGGUCAGUGGAUGCCAUACCUCAGUUACGAUUGUAGGUAUGGAAAGAUAUCGUGUAAUUUACUGAACGUAGCAAUACCGUUAGACAAGACAGAGCCAGGAGACGGUGGGUUCGUGAUCCUACCAGGCUCUCACAAAGCUAACUUUCCCAUUCCUCCUGAAAUUGCUGGGUGUGACAAGUUGGAGAAGAAUGAUUACCUUAUCAACCCUGCCCUUAAUCCUGGAGAUGUGCUGAUAUUCACCGAGGCAGCCACACACGGUGCCCUUCCUUGGAAGGGAACUUCAGAAUCUAGAAGGACAGUAUUCUACAGAUUCUGUCCUCCCAACUUUGCAUACGGGCGGGGAUACUUCGAGAAGAACGCGGAGCUGGCGAAGGAACUAACCGAACAGCAAAGUGUAGUGUUACAGCCGCCAUUUGUUCCAAAACUGAACAGACUCCAUCUAGAGGAUGAUGGUAGUGUGGGCUCCACGAUGAGGAGUGAGGACAAGUCUGAUUACGAUAAACAUGUCUUUGAUAGUGACUUCUAUUAAAAUAGAAAAGCAGUUGGUUUCCGGUUUUAUUCACAGUGAACCCCUUAUUUUUCAGAGCUUAUGUCAUGUUUAUUCCAUGUUUUGUAAAUUGAUUUUUAUAUUUUUAUGUUUAUUACAAUUUUUGUUUAUCGGUAUUUUAAUGAUUUUAAAUUAUUAACCAGAAUAGAUUGGUUCACUUUUCAUAUUCAAGUUUUUUUAUUUUAUAAGCUACACAUAGAUUAUGACACAUAGAUUUUGGCUUAGAUUAUUUUAGAAUGUUUAAAUCCCCACUAUCUAGUAGAUGAGUGGAACCUUGACUGAAGAAGAUUAUAAGAAGCAAUGUAAAGAUCUCGUAUCCUUAUCAGACAAAAUAGGCGAUGGAUGGGAGUUGAGGCAAGAUAGAGAUGACGUUUAUAUCGUUAAGACAGUGAAAAUUCCAAUAUCGUUCAGAGAAGAUGACAGAAGCAAUUCAAACUCCAUCUCAAAAACAAACCAAUCCCAGAACAGCGCUGAAUCAGAAGAUGAUAUGUCAGAGGACUACAUCACACUAGAAGAAGACCCUGACUCCCUUACCAUCGCCUCCACAUCUCACCUGAUAACAUUAGAGUAUCACGUGACCUACAGUUGCUCCUACACAGUUCCUGUACUCUACUUCAACGCCUGGCACUCGACUGGUAAACUCCUCUCGGCGGACGAGAUCUGGAAGUUAGCUCCGCCCUGUUCUGAUAAAUACAGCUACAUCACCCAGAUAGAUCACCCUGUAUUAGCGAGACCUUUCUACGAGCUCCACCCUUGUAGAACAGAGCAGAUGAUGGGGUUGGUGGAGGGUGGGGAUACGUAUCUUGUGUCCUGGCUGUCAAGUGUGGGCAGGGACGUCGGUCUUAGUGUGGAUAUCAGAUACUGCCGGACAGAUUCGCCCAGUUAAAACAGGGUAGAUUGGGAUAAUAAUCGAAACCCCAAUCUGUCCACCUCGUCAACUUUAAACCAACAACUUUACUGUAAUCGUCACUAUAAUAUAUUUCAAUAUUUCAACAGUCAAGCCUUAGAUAACCCUUCCACAUGUUCCUUUAAGAAAUGUUUAAUUCUAGAAGGAAGUUAUAUAGUUCCAAAAGUAGCAGCUUUUGGAAUUCCGAUGUCCGGAAUUUCGCCAAAACGACUUCGUAUCUAUCAGCAAAUCCGUAUAAAUAUUAUCAUUAUAUUAACGAAAAUCAUGCUAAACCACUUUACACUCGAACUCCGAGAUUUUCCUGCCGUUGAAACCUCCUCGAACAGAUGUAUUUUUGAACUCUGAUUCCGAAUCACCCCACAUGACAUAGGGCUAAAAUUCUCCACUGUCGAGUUAUCGACGAGUUAUCAACUGUUUUGAUCACUUGAAAUGACCAUAAUAUAAGGAAGUUGGUUCUUAUUCCUGAAGAAUAUUGAAUGUCAUUAUGUUAAAUUUUUGGUUAUAUGUGCUUUACUAAUGAUAUGGUUGUAAUAUGCUUGACCAUGAUUUAGAUUAACCAUACAGAAGGGCCGGGUAUGACAAUCCCCAACUCGUGCAGUAUCGUUUGGUACAUCACUCGUAACCGUCAUGGUAUUUUAUUUCAUUUUGUGAUAAUGAAAUGAGCUGUGUUAUUUAGAUUUGUCUGAAAUCAAUAUUUUUGUGCGUAAUACGAUGAUAUUUGAAAUUUGAAUGUUAGAUUAAGUUAGUUGUUAUAUGUAAUAUAAUUUAUAAAUAUAGCUCUUGAUUCCUUACAAGCUAUAAUAAAACCUCGUCCCUCGAGAUCUCC